AUGCCAUCUUCUCAAAAAAAAUCUGAUCGUCGUCGUCGUCCUGGUUUUACAUAUGAAAAUAUUCGACAUCAACUUGUUGUUUCAAAUGGUUGUAUUAGUAAUAUUGCAAAAAAAGAAAAAUUAAAAUUACCAUUGGAAAAUCGUCCCGGUCAAGGUCGAAAAAAGUCGACAACGUCGAAAGAAGAUCUUCGUUUAUUGAAUUUAAUAAGGAACGAUCGUGGAAAAAGUAGUCGACAAUUAGCAUCCGAAUUGAAUUCAUCAAAUGGGAAAUCGAUUAGUCCACGAACAGUGUGUUGA